CUGAAGCGUAUCAGAUACUCUGUGUGCUUUGCUGCUGCUUCCCGCAUCCUGUCGUUCCCCAUUGGGGCCUCGUACCAGAUCCUCUUCCCUAACCUCUUGCGUCUCGCAACAACACCACAACAAUGAGCGCCGUCGCCCUCCCCUUUGACCCGGCCAUGGGUCUUGGUCCUCGACCUGCCCCCUUCACUUGGCCUGCUGGUCCCCUCGAGCCCAGCGCAUCGCCAGAGGGUGUCAUUGCUCAGGAGUUUCCGGCACCAUACCAUCACGGGUCCGACCCCAGCCUCACUCCCCCCAGCGUGACCAGCUCGUUGACAUCGAGCCCUCCGCGACACCACAGCUUCACCCCGCAGCACCGCGAACUCAAGCGCCAACAAGACCGCGCGCGGCGAGACUCGCGACUGGCCUCACGGCUCCGCCGCGUGAGCAGCCAGACAUCAUACAUGGAGUCCCCCAGCAUGUCACCCAUCCCAGACGUCACCAACGCCAUGGAGAUGCCCAGCUACUCUGCCUCGACGGCACCAGUUUCUAUCCUAUCCGAAUCCGCGCCCAUCGCGCCACAACCGUACAUGCCUUCAUACAGCCCACCACUGCAAGACCACAGCCAGGCGCAAAUGUUCCCUACUUCAUACGCGCACUCGUUACCGCAGAGCUACGGCGUGCCCAUUGAAUACUCGGCCAGCCCGUACCCACCGUCGGGAGGCUACAGUAGCCGUUCCUCGUCACUGUCCAUCGGACAAGAGAGUGGCAUGGUGUAUCAGGUACCGGCAGUCAUGACUUCUGGUGGCGCUGCGAGCCACACGUCGACGGCGGCCACCUCGACAGAGGGUAGCCACGUCAGGGUCGUGCAGAGCAGGCCCAAGCCCAAAUGCUGGGACCAUGGCUGCAACGGGCGUCAGUUUUCCACAUUCAGCAACCUUUUGCGACACCAGCGUGAAAAGUCGGGGCAAGCCAACAAGGCAUCGUGCCCCAACUGCGGUGCCGAGUUCACUCGGACGACGGCACGUAACGGGCACAUGCUGCAUGACAAGUGCAAGCAGAGGAGAAACUCGUGAAGAGCGCGCGGCUUGACCGGCUCGAUGCGCGACGCACGUCGUCUAUUCUCGGAUGUUCAUGUUCUCAGUCAUCAAUCAUUUGGGGGCCAAGAAACAAGCAACCAACACCCACAUCAGCACCCACAGUCACACGCUCUCCCGCAUUGCAUUGGCUUCAGUUGCCCAGCCGUCGCCUUGUGCGACGCUGGGUCUGACGAUGCUGCUAAGGCUGAGCUAAUGAGCCUCCCCCUCUAGAG